AUGGCCGCGCUGCGCCACUGGAGAGCUGCGGAGUUUUACGCACAUGGGACCCCUCUCGGGGCGAUCAUGAUACGGAAAUUGGGCACGACAGAUGCCUCCUUGACAGGGUGGGGAGCCACUCAAGAGGGUAGAUCAGUGAACGGUUUGUGGCCGAUCUCACUUCGCUCAGCCCAUAUAAAUUACUUGGAGCUCCUCACUGUGUGGAAAGCUCUGAUGCAUUUCUCACCCCGCCUGCGGGGGCAUCAUGUGCUGGUACGCUGCGACAAUAUGACAGCUGUAGCGUAUAUCAACCGUCAAGGCGGCAUGCGCUCCUCCAGGCUUCACGCUCUGGCUCACAAGCUGUUGGGGUGCAGACCUUCUGUCGAGGGGGAACCCUCUGUACGGAGAGUGGAGGCUCCACCCCCAGAUAGUGGGACUGCUCUGGGAGAGGUUCGGCGAGGCUGCCGUCGAUCUCUUUGCCUCGCGCAAAAACGCCCACUGUCCUAUGUUCUUCACGCUUCGGGACGAGGACGCCCCCCUCAGAGUGGACGCUCUGGCUCAUCCAUGGCCCAGCGCGCUGCUCUAUGCUUUCCCUCCGCUCUGCCUGAUAUCCCCGACCCUGGCCAGGGUCACGGUGCAGGGUUUAUCUCUGAUCCUCAUAGCUCCCAGGUGGCCCAAGGCACCUUGGCUAGCGGAGAUAAUUCCUCUUCUGUAUGCGGGGCCGUGGCCCCUCCCGUUGCAUAUGGAUCUCCUGACCCAGGCGAACGGGGAGAUUUUUCAUCCUCACCUGGGCAGGGUGGCUCUCUGGGCCUGGCCCGUGAGAGGGCGAAUUUGAGCACGCUGGGGCUUCCCCCCCGUGUUAUCGCCACGAUUCAGAGUGCCAGGGCCCCUUCCACACGCUCUCUCUAUGAUUGCAAAUGGCGUGUGUUUGAGGCGUGGUGCGAGGAGCACCAGCUCGUCUCGUAUCUGUGCUCAGUCACUGAUAUUUUGGGUUUUUUAAAGGGCCUUAUCGAUUGUGGCAGGUCUUUUUCGACAAUUAAGGUCUAUUUGGAGGCUAUCGCUGCAUGUCAUGCCGGUUUCGGCGACGCUACGGUGGGGCAGCACCCCCUUAUCCGUAGAUUUAUGAGGGGCGCGCGCCGCUCCCUGCCGGUCACCAGGAGUGUGGUCCCGGAUUGGGAUCUCUCCUUGGUGCUGGAGGUGUUUGCCCAACAGCCUUUUGAGCCCCUGGGGGAUAUCUCCCUCAGGUUGCUGUCCUUCAAGACGGUGCUGCUCCUGGCUUUGGCUUCCGCCAAACAUGUCAGUGAUUUGCAUGCGCUCUCUGUUCAUUCCUCGUGCACCAAAUUCUCGCUUAGCGGGGAUAGGGUUUGGCUUAAGCCUAACCCGGCCUUCGUGCCUAAGUGCUUUCCAGCCUUCACUGGUGGUGGGAUUGAGCUCUCCGCUUUUCACCCUCCUCCUUUUUCCUCUGCAGAGGACCAGAGCUUGGAUGCUUUAUUCCCUGUGCAUGCCCUACGGGCGUACGUGGACAGGACAAACUCUUUUCGGGGGAGCGAUCAGCUCUUCAUCUCUUGGGCCCCGCCGAAAACGGGAAAACCCAUCUCUAAGCAACGCCUCUCUCGCUGGAUUGUAGAAGCUAUCUCCUUAGCGUAUGAGUCUAGGGGCGUGCAGCCUCCAGAUGGCCUAAGGGCUCACUCCACUAGAGGCUUGGCUGCUUCGUGGGCUCUGUUUGGGGGAGUUCCCUUGCAGGACAUUUGUGCCGCGGCGAGCUGGUCCUCUCCGCACACCUUUGUCAGGCACUACCGGCUUGAUGUUACUCGUACCACCGUGGCUCAUGCGGUCUUGAGUGUGGGCUCUUCGUAGCCACGUGCACUCUUGUCAGCCCUGUCCGCCCGGCCUGGCUGUGCAUGUUUUUCAGGCAUAUGGUCUUCUCCCCGCCAUACGCUCGGGUUGGUCCAUUUACAUGUUUAUUUACAUGUUCUUUUCCUGUAGGCUGCCCGCUUGUUGGACGUCAGCGAGGUUUUAACAUGCAUGUUGCCGUCUGCUGCUUUGUGACGUGCCGAGCACCACCUUUUUGGCCGU